AAAGUAUGCAACUGGAAGAGUAAGAGCGCAGCUUAACCACGUAUCCUGCCCGAACCUGAGGCCAAGCGGGAUAUCGACAUCAAGUUUAUGAGUGUGGUAUUCAAAGAUUGAUGAGAAUAUCCAGAAGGGAUUCCCAUAUCUCGCGUUCAACUCGUCAUCAGCCGUGAGCUGGUUUGACGUAGGAAGCCAUGACUGUCUUUGCGCUCAUUGUCAUCAACAAGGCUGGAGGCUUGAUCUACAAUCGCACAUUCCAUGAGGGCGGCCUCAAUCAGCUGAGCACAAAUGAUUACCUCGUCCUAGCAGGCACAUUUCACGGUGUCCACGCCAUCACCGCCCGUCUGAAUCCUUUGAUGAGCCGGCAAGAUGCUGCGGCGGCAGCGACAGCGGCCAGCGUGACAGCGGCGGGUGGCAUUCCUUCGCGACCCGAACCGCCAACGGGGCUAGAGGUCAUGGAGUCGGAGAACUUCCGGAUGCAGUGUUUCAACACCAUGACGGGCACCAAGUUUCUGCUAUUCACCGAUACGACACAAACCAAUAUCGAUGUCACCCUGCGGAGGAUAUACGACCUAUACAGCGACUACGUCAUGAAAAAUCCCUUCUACCAGUUGGAGAUGCCCAUCCGUUGCGAAAUGUUUGAGCGCAAGCUGUUAUCGUACAUCCGGGAGAUCAACAAUCGUUAGGUUUCGAGGACAAUCGCUUUGAAUAGCGAAUGCGGGGGAAGGAAUUCAGUAAUCGGGUCUGGCUUCGUUUGGGUUGGGAAACAAUCUUCAUCGUGAAAUGGCGUUUAUAG